CUUCAUAAUUGGAACAAUAAAAAUAAAAUGAGUGUUGUGUUGACUUAUGGAAGUGGUGAAUGCGAGCAGCUAGGCCUCGAAAAUUGCCCAAUAGAGAUCAAGAAACCAAGAAUUAUCCCAUUCUUUAAAGCCCCAAUAAAGAUCAAGGAGAUUGCCUGUGGAGGCAUGCACACGGUCCUAUUGACUACCCAGGGCCGUGUUUAUACCUGGGGCUGUAACGAUGAAGGUGCACUUGGAAGAGAAGGAGAAGCAUGCGUCCCCGAAAUUGUUACGGGGCUAGGAGAGUUGAUGACCGGUGUCACAUGUGGAGAUUCACAUUCAAUCGCGUAUAAUACAAAUCUUUGUCAAGUCUAUUCAUGGGGUCUUUACAGAAACUCUGUGAGUGGACCUAUAGGAAACAUAGCCAAGACUCCUAUGAGAGUGGGUGAGGGUGACCUUAAAGGGCUCAAAUUGAAGAAAAUUGUUUCAGGAUCUCACCACACUCUCAUGCUUGCCAGUGGGAGAGUUUUUGCAUGGGGAGAUCCAGAAAGCGGGAAAAUUGGUAGGAAUAUCAAAACUCGGAGAAGAAACGAGAGUGGCUUAACAAUGCAACCAGUCGGCCUUAAAAGAGUCAAAGAUAUAUUCUGUAGCAGAAAUGCUUCCUUCGCUAUCUCAGAGGAUUCCAAGGAGAACAAGAACCUGUAUAGCUGGGGGCUCAAUAACUGGGGUCAACUUGGAUUGGGGCAUAACCAGGAAACCUCCAAGCCUGAGGUAAUAAAAGAUUUUAAAAACAAAAAUGUCCUCAAAGUCACAGGAGGAGAUUCCCACACUGUGAUUCUUGUUGAGGAAGAAACUAAAGAAGGUGGAAACAACACCACAAGGAUAUACACAGUGGGUCUUAACGACGAAGGACAACUCGGAAUCGGAGAUACUUAUAGUGAAUACAGAAGAAACAAAAAUGAGACGAAUUUUAAAUUAGAAGAUGAGGAAAGGAAAAUCCGGGAAGAGACAGAGAAAAAGGUCAAAGAAAUUAAAGAACAAGAUACUGACAGCAAAGCCAAACAGAAAGAAAUCAAUAAGACUAACAAUGAGCUCAAGAAAAGACUGAAAGCCAUUGAGGCAGAAAGGAAUUCCUUGGAUAAUUCAGAAGAUGCUCAGUACUUUACCACCGCCCAACUUGUCGAGGGAAUCACAGACGCAUUUGAUAUUUCAGCAGGGGCUAAUUAUAGCUACGCCAUUAGGCAAAGAAAACCAGUGGCUAAAUCUAUGGAAGAAGUCAAAGGAGAAGAGUCUAAAGAGGUAGAUCUUAAAAUCAACCAGCUCUAUUCUUGGGGAAUGGGUGACAACUACGUUCUCUGAAACAAAGAUGACGAGACUGUUUACACUCCCACAGAGGUAAAAGUGAAUAUGUUCAGAGAUCUCAACCCUAUUUCUGUCUCUUGUGGCACUAUGCACUGAAUAAUGAGGUCUAUCGCACUUGAUGAGAAGCCAGAGGAUUACGGUCUUGAUCCAAUCACUGAGAAAUCAAUUGAAGAAGUAGCCAACGACGUUGAAAAGGAAAUCGAUGAAAACCGUACUAAAGAAGAUGCCAAAGAAACAACUCAGGAAAUUAAGCCAGAAAAGAAGGAUCUCGAAAAAGUAGAAGAAGCUAAGACAGAGCUAGAGAAGGCUGAAGAUAAACCAAAGGAGACUGAAGCAAAGCUGGAACCAAAACCGGAACCAAAGGCGGAAGCAAAACCGGAAGCAAAGCAGGAAUCAAAGCCGGAAGCAAAUCCGGAACCAAAGCCAGAGUCAAAGCCAGAUUCAAAGCCAGAGCCAAAGCCAGAUUCAAAGCCAGAGCCAAAGCCAGAAGCAAAGCCUGAAGAAAAGCCAGAGACGAAGAUUGAGGAAAAGAAGGAAGAAAAUGAGCAAUCAGAAAAUAUCCAAAAACAAGAGAAGAAAAAUGGAGAAAAAACUACAGAAAAUGCCGAAGAGAAACCAAAGGAAACAACUGAAGAGAAGCCAGAGGUAAAGCUGAAAAAAAAGCGGAGAAAAAGGAAGAGAACAAUACUAAAUCUCCAGAAAAAGCAGAAGUUGUUCCACCACCAAAGGUUGAGGAGCAGAAAGAUGUUGAAAUGGAAGACGACUCUGGAGCUAAGCCUACUCCUGAAGCAGUUGUUCAGACCUCCUCUGGCAAGAGAGUCAAGGUUGAAGAAACUUCUGACCAAAUGAUUGAUAUUCCAAAAGCCGGCAAGUAAUUUAUCAUAUCUUUGUAUUCAAAUUAAGUGAAAAUAUACUGGGAAAAUAUCAUUAUCCAUCUUUGAUUUUGAAGAAGGUGCAUUUGGAUUCUCGAAUUUCUUUUAUUCAAUUAAACAUUCGACUUAG